CUACCGAGCGGCGGCGGCGGCGGCCCCGCAGCGCCCCGGGCCGGAGCCGCGCCCCGGGUUCCCCCCGCCCCCCCUCCCCCCGAGCCCCGCAGCGCCCGGGCCCGUGCGGGCGCACGAGACAAAGGCGCGGCCCGGGGCCCCGCGCCCGGCCCGCUCGGCUCCCGCCGGCCUCCGCCCCCCGCCCCGGCCCAGCCCCGGCCCAGCCGCUCCCGCCGGGCGCCCCAGCCGGGUCCGGCCCGGGGCGGGGGCCGCGGGCACCGAGGAUGGGGAAAUCCAACAGCAAGCUGAAGCCCGAGGUGGUGGAGGAGCUGACCCGGAAAACCUACUUCACCGAGAAGGAGGUCCAGCAGUGGUACAAGGGCUUCAUCAAGGACUGCCCCAGCGGGCAGCUGGACGCCGCGGGCUUCCAGAAGAUCUACAAGCAGUUCUUCCCCUUCGGGGACCCCACCAAGUUCGCCACCUUCGUUUUCAACGUCUUUGAUGAAAACAAGGACGGGCGGAUCGAGUUCUCCGAGUUCAUCCAGGCGCUGUCGGUGACCUCCAGGGGGACCCUGGACGAGAAGCUGAGGUGGGCCUUCAAGCUCUAUGACUUGGACAACGACGGCUACAUCACCAGGAAUGAGAUGCUGGACAUCGUGGACGCCAUUUACCAGAUGGUGGGAAACACCGUGGAGCUCCCAGAGGAGGAGAACACACCGGAGAAGAGGGUGGACCGGAUCUUCGCCAUGAUGGACAAGAACGCCGACGGGAAGCUGACGCUGCAGGAGUUCCAAGAAGGCUCCAAGGCGGACCCCUCCAUCGUGCAGGCGCUGUCGCUGUACGACGGGCUGGUAUAGUGCAGGCCUGCGCCGGGACGCCUGGGAACCGACUCCUCCCACGCCACGAGGCCGUCUCUGCCAACCGGCCCCCCCCCCCCGCACCCACCCGCCCUCCUCCCCGCACCCACCUGCCACCCGAAGCCGCCGGCUCCCAUUGCUAACAACCUCCGCUCGUCUGGACCGGACACACCGCAGCAGGAAAGCCUCCAGCCCUCUGCAGAACCGAGGAGGUGGCCGCUCCUCCCGCCUCCUGCCGUCCUACACGCGCGCGCUUUUUUGUUUUGUUUUUUUUUUCUUAUUUCAAAUGGAUAUUUUAAAAGAGAACAAAACAAAACUACCUUCCUGUUCUGGAAGAUUCUGACCACUGAGGAGAAAGAAAGCUUUGGGGACUCAGAGGACUCUGCUGCUGCUGCUGCUGCUGCCUGGGCUCUUGCGGCGAUGGCCGGAGCUGCGGCAGCCCGGUUGUCACUCUUUCUCUCAGUCCAUCCUUCAGCGGCGUGCCCACAGACGUGGUUAGGAUGGUUCAAGAGGAGAAUUAUUUUUGGUGACGACAGUAUUGUGCUUUUCCUGGGGGGAAAGUGAGGUUUUUUUUUUUUUAUAUUCAUAUAUAACUGAUAUCGUUUA